AUGGCGCCUCCUCAGUCCGACGAGCAGCUCGUCGACGAUCCUGCCAUGGUGGACAUUACUCCUCCUCACCCCGACGAGCAUUUCAGUGAUGAGCCGGCCGUGGAAGACACAGCCCCUCCUCGAUUCUCCGACGAGCAACAACCCGGCAGCGUGCCGCAAACCACGCUGAUGCCGUACGCAGCCGUGGACUCGUCGCUGCGCGCCAUGGCCGGCCAGGCCGAGGGCUUCGGCCGGCACGCCAUCGGCGGCCUCCACGGCGACGUCUACCACGUCACCACCCUCAAUGACGACGGGCCCGGGUCGCUGCGCGACGGUUGCCGUCGCCAGGAGCCGCUGUGGAUCGUCUUCGACGUGUCCGGCACCAUCCGCCUCGCGUCGGGGCUGCGCGUGUCCUCCCAGAAGACCGUGGACGGCCGCGGGCGGCGCGUGACGCUGUCCGGCAAGGGCCUUCUUCUUCGCGAGUGCGAGCACGUGAUCCUGUGCAACCUGGAGGUGGAGGGCGGGCGCGGGCACGACGCCGACGCCGUCCAGAUCAAGCCCGGGUCGAGGCACGUGUGGGUGGACCGCUGCAGCUUGCGCGACUUCGCCGACGGCCUGCUGGACGUGACCUGCGGCAGCACGGACGUGACGGUCUCCCGGUGCCGCUUCUCGGCGCACGACAAGGCCGUGCUGAUCGGCGCCAGCAGCGAGCACGUCGUGGACCGGCGCAUCCGGGUGACCAUCCACCACUGCCUCUUCGACGGCACGCGGCAGCGGCAGCCCCGCGUCCGGUUCGGCCGGGUGCACCUCUACAACAACUACACCAGGGGCUGGGGCAUCUACGCCGUCUGCGCCAGCGUGGAGUCGCAGAUUGUCUCCCAGUGCAACAUCUACGAGGCAGGGGAGAAGAAGAAAGUGUUCACGUACAUGAGCGAGCAGGCGGCGGACAGGGACUGCAGUUCAAGUGGGCGCAUCCGGUCUGAAGGCGACCUGUUCCUGAACGGCGCGAAGGAGCACACCGAAAAUGAUUUGGAAACUGCAGAAGACGGCCAGUGGGACUUCAAGGUCCGGGAUUGCUACAGGCCGUGGUCGGUCCAGCCGGCGUCGAUGGCGCUCAAGGAGCUCCUGGAGUCCUGCACCGGCUGGCAGCCGGUUCCGUUGCCGGAAGACGACGUCUGCUUCACAAGAACGCCAGCUGCUGCUGAACCACUCUGAAAUUUUAGAGCACGCGAUGCAAAUAAAUUUACACGAACAAUAACGAACCACCGUACUACUGCUAGUAUUAUGUUUGACAGAUAUGAUCAAUAACACGAACGAUAUCUGAAGCUCUGAAUUCCAUAGUCGGUGCAUCUUUUUGGCAACCAAAUCUGUGGAUCUGAUGAUUUUCCUGUUGGAAUUAGAUUGCGA